AUGACCUUCCAACUCCCAUCGCGCAAUAACUACCAUCACCUCGAUGACGCACCUAACGACAAUCCCUACGACAUAAACUCACGCCCUUGCCAUUCACACACAGACUCUGAUAUCCCAGAACAACCUUUACAAACACAACACAUCCAGACUGACUCAAUCACCCAAUACACAAACGAAAAACUCAUCGAUCCCGCCCAAACAACCCUCCUCAACAAACACAACUACGAUCACGACCCCUUCAAAACAACCCGCCCCCUCCAAGCACACCUCACCCCCUCAGACCCAGAAUCAUACUUUUCACCACCAGCAACACACUCAGCCCCAAAUAGCCCAUUCCUCUCUCCAGCAGAGCGCCUCGAGCGAGCCCUAGCUGAUAGCGAGAAAGAUGAUUACGUGCGUAUUCGCCCGAAAGGCUUUCGGAUGUUUAGUCUGGCGAAUAUGAAGACGGAGUGGUAUCAUGGGUCGAGGGGGCGGGUGUUGAAGUAUUGGAUUGGGUUUCCUUUAUUGGGGGUGGUUGUUAUUGUCGUUGUGGUUAUUAUUGUUCUUGCUAUUUUGGGAUUUUCGAAGAUUGGGUUUCCGCAGUGA